AUGGCCCUCAAGCGGAAAGCUUCAUUCUCGGUAAUCUCAUCCGGUCCGUCGAUGCCCGCGCCCAGCGAAUGGGGAAUGGUUGGGAGCUCCCAGGACCUCCCCAGCCGGACGCGGAAGCGCUUUCGCGAUGGUCGCCCCAGUGAUGAGGUUGUCUAUGGUGAGUCCUCCAACCCAAAGGCACAUUGCUUGUUUUGUACGGCUGCUUGGAAGACUCCUGCCCUUCGUGAGACUCGAGCUAACCAACCAGCAGAGAAAACCCUUCGCUGGAUCUUCUCUGCACAACAGCAGCAGCGUCAACAGCAGGCGGCUGCAUCCAUGGACAUGAUGGACGACGCCAUGAUGGACUCGGAGUCGACUAUUCCUACGCCCCAGACUGUGGAUCCACGCCAGCAGACCCUUCUGCGAUUCUUCCAGCCGUCAGCCCAGCCGCCCUCACCUUUCCGACCAUCCCGCGCCGCGCUUGUGGCCCGCGCAAAUGAGACCGCCAUGGAACACGAUGAGAUGCUGCGACGCCAAGCCUUCGCGCAAAUGACCGGGACUGGGAGCUCCAGCGGAAGCGAGAUGACGAGCCCUGGCGUCCCGCAAGCGGACGGCGAUAUGGACAUGGAUAUGGACAUGGAUGUUGAGACGGAUCAGAGCAGUGAGAGCUCUAACCCCGUUUCCAAGUGGGGAUUUUGGAACGGUGGCAAUGGUAUGUCGUGA